AUGAGUGAAGAAUUAUGUGAGAACACAGGGAUCACAGAAUACUCUGGCAGUGACCCAGAAGACUGUGACUUCGUUGAAGCUGAUAUUGGUGAUGUCAGUGAUACUGGUGAAGACUGUUUCUAUAAUGGGGAUGAACCUAGUACUGCCGAAAUCACUGAAGUCCCCUCGCUCUUGGAGACAGAAGCCAGCCCAACACCAGAAGCAAAUAGCAGUAAGGGGGACCAAGGAAAAAGCAAACAAACAAACAGCAAUACUAACAAUAAUGUAAAUAAAGGUCAGAAAAAACAGAAUCAGGGACAGCAAAAAAAUAGUCAUCACAGCAGUAUCAGCAACAGCAACAGUAAUAGUGGCAGUGACAGUGGCAUUGUCAGUGGAAAACAAAAUCAGGGCAAAAUUCAAAAUCACAGCACACACAACAGUAAUAGUGGUGAUAGUAGUAACAGUAAUUUGAAGAAUAAUAGUAAUAUUUUUAGCCAAUACAAGAACAUUAGUAGUACCAGCAGCAACAACCAUAACAAUUCAAAUAAUGGCAAUAAAAAUAACAGUAAUAGUCACAAUAAUGGCAACAGCGGCAACAGCAAUAAUAAUGGUGGCAGCAGCGGCAGUAACAACACAAAUGGCAACAAUAAUAAUAACAAAAAUGAAAAGAAUGAGCCACCAAAUAUCCUGAAGUUAGCCAAGGGCAUCAUAGGUCAGAGGAAGAAGGACCGCAAGAGUGCCCCAGACACUGUUAACUCCUUUGUUCUAAGAAUGCACUACUGCCUGGGUGUGUGUGUGUUCCUUCUCGCUUACAAUAUUGUGCAAGGUAACUGGUUCUUGAGAGAGACAAUACACUGCGUUGAAGCAUUUAAUGGAGAAACUUUGGUUUCAACCCAGAAGAAAAACAUUUGUCUGUCUUAUCCGUACACAUGUGAGCCUCCUGUACCAACAAGAUAUGGGAGCAAUGAGUGUCAGCGCAGAUACCAACUGUUCUACCGUUGGAUCCAUUUCAUUUUUUUGAUCCUUUCUGCGUUAUACUACACCCCUCGCAUCUUGGCAAAGGGCAAGGACCACCAGCUCCGGAAACUACUCACAGACCUUUCAGCUCGUGAUGAAAAUUAUGAUAAAGCAUCGCUACAGGAAGGCACCAGACUUGCUUUGCUAUACUUCAAGAAUCACAGCUUUGUUCACACCCCUUUGUAUGCCAGGAUGGUUUUCUGUCACGCAUAUGCUCUGGUGAUUGACAUGGCAACUCUUUUCUUCUUCGAUUUCAUGCUACAUAAUGGCUUCUAUGGGCUAGUGUACACAACCUACCCAUGGAACAGGAACCCAAGCAAUUUCAAUGAUAGCAUGUCUCAGCAUUUCCCUCCAUAUGCGUUCUGCACCAUUGACAAAUACAACCUAAUCAACAAUGCAAGAGUGGAAAAUUAUGGAUGUCAUCUAAUGCUGAUGGAAUUGUACGAAAAAGUCUUCAUUGUGAUCUGGUUCCUGCUUGUAGUUCUCAUUGCAGUGACAAUGCUCUCUCUUUUGGUCCUCCUGUUCCUGUGCCUACCACCCUUCAAUCGCCUCCUCUUGCACACCUGUAUCACCUCCUCCUAUAUCCGGGAAGUGAAGAAGGAGGUCUUGAAGAUUUCAAGUGUAGGGGAUCUCUUUGCCCUUAGCCUUAUGAAGCGGCACAUGAAUGAAAGACAGUAUCUCAAAUUCCUUGAAUGCUUAGUACAAGCCUCUGAAAACCAUCUGAAAGAAGUCUUGGUGGAGAGUCAACACACAGAUGCAAACAUAUGCUGAAGUCAAUGUUGAUACUUGUCUUUGUUAGAAAAAAUAUUUAAUUAGAGAGAAUCUUGGUGGAGAGUCAACAUACAGAUGCAAACAUAUGCUGAAGUCAAUGUUGAUACUUGUCUUUGUUAGAAAAAAUAUUUAAUUAGAGAGAAACAUUUUGAGAAGUUAUUUCAUUUUAGUGUUUAAUUCUGCGUGUUUCUUUCUAUUUUUCUUUCAAAAUAACACUUUAUUUUGUUUGUGUUAGACAUGAGAAGACUCAAUGAGAGGUGCAAAGUUUAAUUUAUGAUAUGGUAUACAGCUGUUACAAUUAUCUAAGUUCUUGAAACAGAACUUUUGAAUACCAGUGAUAUAAAGCAUGAAUGAUUUAAAAUUUAACUCACUCUCUUUGUUUUGCUUAUUGUUUUUCAUAUUUUUCAAAAGAUAGAAGUUGAUUUUUCCUGUUUUGAACAUAAAAAGCAAGUAUGCUGGACAUGCCUUACAAGAGCAAACUACCAGGUACCAAGUGCAUAUUAUGUUGAAACAUUUUAUAAACAAAUAAACAUGAAUAUGAAACAGGAGAAAGGAAAACCUAAGGCUAGCUACAAACUGAUUUUAAGUACACAUUCUUUGUUACUAAUGCUUUUUGAGUUUAUUAGGUUGAAUUACUAAUGAACAAGUGACCUCACAUAUCAGAUUGAGCAGAAAUUUCAGUCCUAGUUUAGCAGUUUUUGUACCACCGUAGGUAAAAAAGUUUUUGCAUUUUGUCUUUUUUUUUUUUUUUUUUUACUUUUUUUUAAAUUUCCAAUUAUAUUAUUGAGAUGGAUGUUGGUGUAAUUACAAUUUAUUUUGUAAUAGAU